AUGGUGGAUGCAGCAAAUGCAACGUUAACUGCUUAUUCUUAUGUAGCUAUUGUUAUCUUUGUAUUGACAAUAGCACUGGUGAUCCGACCCGUCAAGAUUCGAGUCCAUCCUCACAUCAAAAUCUAUCUUACAAUUGCUACGGUGCCUCCUCUCAGUGUGUUGAUCUUGCUUAUUAUACGUGCUAUCGAUUUCGAUGUGGUCGGUCGAGGAUUUUUAGGAACGAUGGGUGUACAACCAUGGGCCAUUUUAAUUCUAUUCUAUUCGCUGGCGUAUAUCUGUAUAUCGUUGGAUAUGACAGGUGUUUUUCAAUUCUGUGCUUUUUGGGUAUCGAAAAAAGCGGGCAAUCGAGGCAUGCUGGCCUUUACUUUAUUUUUUAUCCUCACGAGUGUCAUGAGUGGAUUGACAAGCAAUGAUGUGGUCAUCUUGACAGGCACCGUUUUUUUAUCCUAUUUUACCAAAGUCUCGGAUAUUAUACCCACCGCCUUUUUGAUGAGUGAAUUUACUACGGCCAAUAUAGCUUCUAUGGCUCUCUAUAUCGGCAAUCCUACCAAUGUGGUUGUAUCGGAAGCCUAUGGCAUCAGUUUCAUCACUUAUUCUGCAUGGAUGCUCCUCCCUACCGUUGUUGUCCUCCUACUUGCCUACAUUAUUUUACGUCUCGUCUUUCACAGUGAACACUAUUUACCGCGUCAUAUCAAUCCACCCGAUGCUGAUCCCAGAUCUGUCUUGAUCGACCCACACGGAGCCGUUUUCGGCCUCGUGUUACUCGCUUGUUGUUUAUUGACCCUUGUGGGUACUUCUUUUGCUCACGUUCCCGUAUGGAUGGUCACUCUACCGUUUGCCUGUGUGAUGUUGAUUCGAGAUAUCCAACACGAUUUAGGCCUUUCUUUUCACCGUCUCUUUCAGAGAAUCCGCCACCGACGAAAACAUCAAACCUAUUUCCAUCCCUUGUAUCGUGCUUGGAAAUGGUACCGCCAUCACUUGCCGACUCUCUACGCAGUGACCCUACGUAUGCCUUGGCCUAUUUUACCCUUUAGCUUGGGUAUGUUUAUCUUGAUUGAGGCGCUUUCUGACUUGGGUUGGGUAGGCAUCUUUGCUACGGCCAUGGCAGUCUUUGCCAAAAACUAUGCUACAGCGGUGCUAGGUACUGUCUUUGUGUCCAUUUUAGCUUGUCAAUUAUUAAACAAUCUGAUCAUUCAACAUCCAAACUUUACUCAGCACGUGCAAUCCGAUGCUACGAUGCAAGGGUUUUUGUUAGGACUCAUUGUAGGCAGUAAUCUUGGCGCGUGCUUGACUUUGGUAGGAAGUCUUGCCGGUAUUAUGUUUGAUCAUAUCUUAAAAACCAAAGGCAUCUACACACUGGGCUAUUUCCAGUUUUUGAAAUGGAAUCUUGUCAUUUUGCCUGUGCUGGCUCUGGGAGCGUCUGCUAUCUUGAUAGCAGAAAUCUGGUUUAUGUAUUUACGUUAA